ACCCACCCAUACCAUGACCCAACUUCUAUGAAUUCCGGCUUAUGUUAGCAACAAAAUACGAACAAAUCCUAGCGUGCGCCGCCGUGAGAAAAGUAGGGUUUAAGGGAAUACUAAAAUACAAAAAUCUGCAAAAUCUCUCCAACGAGAAGAAAAGCGGAAGAACAACUGCAAGCUCUUCCUUUUUACGGCGUUUUGGUGCUGGUUUUGCUUAUCUAUCUAGUACCACCAAUACAGCCAACAACAACCCAAGAACAGAACGACCAGAAGGGAGCACUAGAAAGACUGAUAAUUUGUUUUUGUAUGAAAGUGGAUUGAAGAAAAUGUCGACGGAUCUCAAUGAUUUCACCAUUAUCAAAGAAGGAGAAGCUGAGAUUCUCAUGCACGCUAAAAACGAAGUCUUUUACAACAAAACCCAGGUUAACAACAGGGACAUCUCAAUUGCUGUCCUUAGGACUUUUAUAGCCAAUCGCAAAGAGGAGCAUGAAGCAAGGUUGUCCAAGAAAACAAAAGCAGCAUCAAAAGUGUCUGAGAAGGAUGCUUCUGAAUCUGUUCAAGAAGAAGUGGCUAAUGAAUCAACUGUAUGUGAUGAAAAAUCCAAUGGAGAUUCUGAAGUGCCAGAAAAAGUAUCUCAAUAUGAAUCUUGUGGCCUUUCAGAAGAACCAGUCAAAGGCACAGAGGGAAAAGUAUCAGGAGAACUGAAGCCACCAAGAGUUCUUGAGGCUUUGUCAGCUUCUGGCUUAAGAGCUAUAAGGUAUGCUCGUGAAGUAGAAGGCAUUGGUCAAGUUGUGGCCUUAGACAAUGAUAAAGCAUCUGUGGAAGCUUGUCAGAGAAACAUCAAAUUCAAUGGUUCAGUGGCAUGUUCAAAAGUGGAGUCACAUUUUGCUGAUGCUCGUGUAUAUAUGCUCACACACCCAAAAGAAUUUGAUGUGGUUGAUCUUGAUCCUUACGGUUCACCUUCUGUGUUCUUGGAUUCUGCGGUUCAGUCCAUUGUUGAUGGAGGCAUGUUGAUGUGUACAGCAACUGACAUGGCAGUUCUAUGUGGGGGUAAUGGGGAGGUUUGCUAUUCAAAAUAUGGUUCCUAUCCAUUGAGAGGCAAAUAUUGCCAUGAAAUGGCUUUGAGGAUCCUCCUAGCCAGCAUUGAGAGCCAUGCAAAUCGUUAUAAACGGUACAUUGUUCCUGUGCUGUCCGUUCAGAUGGAUUUCUAUGUUCGUGUUUUUGUCCGUGUCUACAGCUCUGCUAGUGCAAUGAAGAACACUCCCCUUAAGCUUUCAUAUGUCUAUCAGUGCACUGGUUGUGAUUCUUUUCAUCUUCAACCUAUUGGGAGGACUGCCACCAAGAACAACUGUGUAAAAUAUCUACCUGGGUUUGGUCCUGUUGUUCCCCAAGAGUGCAGUGAUUGUGGGAAGAAAUUCAAUAUGGGUGGCCCUAUAUGGUCUGCUCCCAUCCAUGAUCAGGAAUGGGUUACUUCCAUUCUAGCUGAUGUGAAAUCUAUGAAGGACCGCUAUCCUGCUUAUAAUCGCAUCUCUGCCAUACUCACGACAAUCUCAGAGGAAUUGCCAGAUGUUCCUUUGUUCUUGAGUUUGCACAACCUCUGUGCCACUCUAAAGUGCACUUCUCCAUCAGCAGUGAUUUUCCGAUCUGCAGUGAUCAAUGCUGGGUAUCGUAUAUCAGGAACUCAUGUAAAUCCAUUGGGAUUGAAAUCAGAUGCUCCAAUGGAUGUCAUCUGGGACAUAAUGCGCUGCUGGGUCAAAAACCACCCGGUGAAAGCUCAACCAGCAGAUCAGCCUGGAAGUGUCAUACUUGCUAAAGAACCAGUUCUUCAAGCUAAUUUUGCUCGAGCUGUUGCAUCUCUUAGCAAGGCACAAGCCAAGAAGGUUGCACGCUUUCUUCCAAAUCCUGAAAGGCAUUGGGGCCCGAAGCUCAGGGCAGGUCGUCAAAUCACCAGCAAACACAUUUCUCUUUUAGGUCCGGAUGCAGUUAAUGGAGUUCUUAACCAGGAAGAGGUUGAAGAACCGGAUGCAAAGCGACAAAAGACAGAGGAUCCCACUGCAUGUUGAGGAAACAAAUUCAUUCUUCAGGUACAUGGUGGAACCUAGCUUGCUUAAAGCUCCAUACUCUCCCAUGAGAUGGGAAUGCCAUUUACUCACUGUUUUUUUUAGAGAGGGGGUGCGGUUGUGGGGUGUGGCGAGCAGGGGGAAGAGAGAGAGUGAUUCAUUUUAUCAUGUCAAAGUGCUUUAUGGCGCACCAGUUAAAGCAUUAUGGAAAAUUUCACUGGUGAAAUAGAGCAGCCUAGAGGAGAAUCAACAAUUUUGGAUUUGAGUAUUACUGUAAUUUAUAACGUUAUGUGCUGCAUAGGAAAUUAGAUUUGUUUAUGUAGCAUGUAGUGUGAAAGGAAAUUAGAUUUCUAUCUUCAACUAUGGGCAUAGGCUUCAUUUCCUGUUUGGAAUUGUCUACAUUAUUUUUUUCUUUAAUGUAUAUUUCUCUCUCGUGACUUGUUUA